GACUGACUCAUUUCGUUACAGUUUAUAGCAAAGAUCGGUCAUGGAUUCAGAGGUCGGUGUAAAACAAGAAGUUACCGAAAUGGACUUUUUCGAACUCGUACAAAAAUAUUUUAAUAGACUGGGGAACUUCAACAUAGUUACAAAACUUUAUAAAGAAGUAAUGAUCGGCAGGGAACGUAUCUUGGAUUCCGAGGAGUCAAUCGCAUACAGCUUCCAUUAUCCGGUAGAUACUAUCCUUUAUUUUGAAGAUUUGAAUGCAAAGUUUGAUGAAUGUCCAAAGGAAUUAUUUCGAACAAUGAACGGCGAGUUGAAAGGGUAUUUGCUAACGUUUAUAUAUUAUUGUUUAGUUAGCCGAGAUCGUACUCCGACAAAAGCGGGGCUCCUCUGUGGAAAAUUGUACUUAAAAAUAUUAUUGAUGCCUGAAAUAGGCACAUUAUUUUUCGAGAGGUACAUAUAUAUAGCUACCCUCAACAUUUGCACACAAAGUUUGGCAGAACAAACCCGUUACCAGCAAAUAACGUUUGAAGUGAUUGAACUCAUAUUUGAAUACUGCAACAGGUUGGGGAUUGUGUUGUUUACAAAAACAGCUAACAUGUUUUCAAAAAUUAUAAUUUUGAAAAAUGAGGAAGAAUACAGCGACUUGAAUACAUGCAAAAAUUUCACAAACUAUUGCUUUUGGUGUUUAAAACAGUUAAUUUCUAAACGAUCUGAUCGGGUUUAUCUCAGAGGCGUUCUAGCCGGUAUUUUGCGUUUUUUAAUAGACGAAGAGCCACUCCAGCCACAGUGCGUGGCGAAAUUUAAAAAAUUUUUGUGUUCCCUGUUCAAAGACUUUGAUGAUAGCAAAUUACAGUACAUCGUUGACGCAAUUUUUUUAAUAUGGGAAUCGCCCAAAUUUGCGCUGAAGGAGUGCGUCGAGACUUUGAACCUUCUGGAAGAAAUUUACUACAAAGACAUAAUCAGAAAGAUACCAAAUUACUUAGAAUCGAAAAAUCACGUAGAGUACCAUUUCAACUUAAUGGAUGUUAUUUACCAAAUGAUGCUCAAUCCACCUGCAAUAAGUGUAAAUAAGUUGGUAGCCUAUUACAGCUUAUGUUGGAGAGCUGUGACACUGCAUUUAUUAAGCAGAGACAAAAGUGUUCAAACCAAAGCAAUUGAGACUGUUUCAAACAUAUUCGCCGUACAAAAUGACGUUGUAAACACAAUUUUUCGUCAGUUCAGUGCAAAUGGAAUUAUCGCAACUUUGACGCCAAAUGACCUUUUAGUCGCAUGUUCUUUCAUUAUUCGCGGGAAAUGUAUCGGAAACGCAGCUAAAAUCAGGAAUAUUUUUAUCAUCGUUUCGAGACUUUUGCUUUCUAUUGACAACAUUAAUGCAGAAAUCGGAUCGCAAAUAAUUUACUCCUUGUGUAACCACGCCACUCCUUUUAGUCUAAAACCAUUAUUGGGACAUUUGAAUGCGCUUUAUUUAAAGCUCCAUGAAAAAAAUGAGUUGCUGGUGUGCAACAUGAUCCUAAAAAUCUUUCUCAAGAAUGCUCUGCACCAGGACGCGACCUCUGAAGUAUUCGCCCAACAUCUGUAUAAAAAACUCGUGUAUCCGGAUGAACUAGAUGGGAAAGUUUAUCCCCCUGAAUGUUUCUCCAACGUGUUCUUGAAAGACGACUUCGAGUACCAGUUGCUAUUCAACAAGUGCCAACAUUUGAUUAGGUAUGAAGAUGUUGAGUACACAAUACAACAUUUUAAUCACAUGCAGCCUGGACAUUCAGUACUGUUGCAGUCGUUAUUACAAUUCGUUAACUAUAAAAACCAUCACCUACUGACCUGUUACAUAAUUCAAAAUUUUGGUGAUCUUUGUGUCGUUGAGAACUCAGGUGUUCUGUUUGAUGCUUACGGCACCAUACUGAAGAAUGAGCGAAUGUAUCAUCCUCUGGCAGAGAUGCCAAACUUUGAAACUAUUCACGACUUGAUCUGGAAUAGUCUUUAUCAGCAGCGUUUGAUAAUCUGCAGCAUUAAGUCUGCGUUCGCUUUAACAGGUAUCCUGAGAACAAUUUUAAAAAAGGAAGAACCCUUGCAGGACACUCUAUUGACUGAUGCCAGCGAGAAGGCUUACAGAUCCUUAACGUCGGAAGAUCGUUUCGCGGGCUGCGUUAUGUAUCUAACCGAGCUUUGCGUUACUUUAAAAAAGAAUCCGCCCCAAGAAAUAAUGGAUAUAUUCGAGAACGUGAUUGAAACUCCUGAAACUUUGAAUUUGCUUAGAACCCAACGCAAGGAUAUGUUAAUUCAGCUGAUUGCGUUUUUCGCUACAUUUGCCAUGAUGAAUAAAAAUAAAAUUCCAAGUACCGUAAAAUUGUUAAUUCACGUUUUGGAUACUGACGACGUUAUCGUGAAAAUAACCGCGAUGAAACUUCUGUUUACCAUUUGCAUGGAGAUAACACACGAUUUUGAAGAAGUCACAGAAAUAUGCUUUCGGAACAUCACCAAAAACAAUCCGUGCUUGAGUAAAAUUUGUGUAGUAUUCUUAGAAGAACUGAUAAAUAAUAAUUACGUUCUUCUAAAUUCCGAAGACUUUUUAAAAUUUAUUUAUGGUUUGGCUUGUAGCGAUCUUCAUUAUUUUAUGAAGUAUGUUUUGAACAACAGGUUCAUGUUGUCUAACAAGAACGAUAUCAGUAAGUACUACAUCCCGACCAUUGUCUACCUAAGUGAUUACAGAAAGUUCGACAAUUAUCCCGUAAGCGCCGAGUUUGAUGAGACCCUUAAACAAAUUCAAAAAUUAACUAACUACAGAGUUGGUUUGAUGUCCUUUCUAUUCGCUUCCAUACCCACCAAGGAUCGAUUCCACAUUUUAACGGAAUUUUCUUCAAUUUAUGAGGUUUUUGUGACCGGUAGAGCUAAUGUUGAUCUAAAAUACUUCGAAUUUCUAAAAUAUUCGUUACUUACUUUCAAGGUGAUUUGCGAUAGAAUCGAUUUUAACUACAAAUCCAACUUCUACGAAGAUGUUUGCGAGAUUAUAGAGAAGCAGAUAUUGAAAAAGGAUAAUAACGCUGCAUCGCAUACAUUAUUUUUCUAUGAAUACGAACCGCAAAUACGAAGGUGUACAAAAUCUCUCCUUAAAAUGAUGAUUUACAUCAAAAUGGAAAACUUGAUGAGCGAAAUGAUAUUUCCCAUCUUCGACACGCUUAUGUGUUGGAUUUGGCACACGAGAGCCGAGAUUAUCCGCUAUACACAUUUUGAAAGAGGAAAAGAUUACGAGCCGUAUCUUAUUCAGCUUAUGCGUUUUUACAGGGCAAAUAAGGAACACCUAAACCAUUUACUCGACAUCCAAGAAAGGUAAGCGGAUUCUUUGACGUUGCUUGUAAAAUGGACGGCGUGUGGGAUAUUUGGCCUUCCCUAAAAAGUAAAACCAAGCCGUGAAUCGGGUAUUAAAUUUUUGGAGAAAAAUCAACGCGGCUUAUUGAAAAAAUUGGAGCGCGAGACAAGUCAAGUGGAUGCUGUAGUAAUACAUAUUAUUCUUUUAAUAUAUAUUCUAUAGAAUUCAUAAUUAGCUACGAACGAUUAAAACAAUAUUUCUGUUAAUUCUAUAAAUCAGUGAUAUUCUAUUUUU